GAAAUUUUAGAUGAUUCUCUGAAGAAUAUAUGCAAGAAUUAUUCGAAGAUACAGCACAAAGUCCGACUAAAAUAAACAAUCCCUAUGGCCCAGAAAUAACAAACGAAGAAGUAACUAUGGCCAUUAAGCGGAUUAAAGAUGGGAAAUUACCAGGACCUGAUGAGGUGCAUGGUGAAAUCUUAAAUCUAUUAGAGUCACACGAAAUCACAGCUCUUACGAAGCUAUUCAACAACAUCUACUACGAGACUUGUUACUUACCAAAAGACUGGCUACUAUCAAUAUUCAUUCCACUUCCUAAAAAAGCCAACGCCAGAAAAUGUGAAGAACAUUAGAUAUGCAGACGAUACAGUGUUACUGGAAGAUAGUGCACAUGGGCUCCAAAGGAUAAUGGAUAACGUUGUAGAAGCAUGUAACAAAUACGGCCUAA